AUGAAGAAAAGUAAGGGUAAACAAACUCACUCAAGGUAUAGUCUAUUAAAUAGCUUUAAUGCCAAAUGGAAACCUCUGUCUGAGGAUUCUCAAUCAAUAUUUUCUAGUAAAGUUAAUAGUAUUACAAAGAAUUUGAGAGGUGGAGAUAUAAACUGGCUGAAGAUCCUUUGUUACACUGGGAAUAAUUCAGUAUGCCGCAAUUUGAACAAAAAGAAAGUUGUAGGUAUUAUUGCUUCAAAUGAGAUGCUUUCAACUGAUAUUGGUCAGCAUAUACCUGUAAUUUGCCGUUUGAAAAAUAUUCCCUGUGUCAUUUUAUCUAGUGACAAUGAACUACGGUUUUGGAGUAUGCUUCCUGUAACAUCUUGUAUAGGGCUUAGAAAGGAUAUAAACCAUGACGGACUUUUGGAUAUAAAUUGUAACAGAAGUGUUUUUGAGUUUGAGUCUGCCAGAUCUGAGAUAGAAGAGCUGAUUAAAAAAUUUCAGAGUUUAAUAGAAGUCCCAUAUAUUAUUCCAGGAGAAUCUCCCUCAAAAUUAGAUUCAAAUCUGCACUUGCCCACUCCAAACGUAGAAAUCCAGAAUGUAAGCCCAAAGAUAACUUAUUCCAAGGGAUCUAAACGUUCAGAAAAGAGAAUUCUAAGGAGAGAACGCCGUGGAAAGGAACGCAAGAAGUUCAUUUAG